AUGCAGACCGACCGGCAAUGUGUACUCUUUUCGGAAAUGGCUGUGCAUUUGUCUCCUUUUAACUCCAUAAUAGUGGACUUUCCUAUUCCGAUUGGCGCUGUGCGUCUAAUCCCAUAUUAUCCUCUUCCCGUUUAUCUCCAUCAACGUUGGCCCACCGACCGAUUUGCUAAUUGCAGUUCGCCCAGGCAACUCGACAACAAAGACACAUUUGUCUCGGGUUCGGUGUUUCACAUUGUCUGUACUGAGUGCAUCGGCCGCCCCACAGACCCGCAUACGUUCCUCGUGUCUUGGUUAUGCCCCAGAUCGGUACAGUGGUGUGAUGAAGAGGAUCCACACUGGCCGACUGCCCACGCGACCGGUCCUGUGGGCAUUUUCACGCCUUGA